UGAUCUAAUACUUGUUUAUACUUUUCAUUCAUUUCAAAAGGAACUGAUCUAAUACUUGUUUUUACUUUUCAUUCAUUUCACAUGGAACUGCUUUAAUACUUGUUUAUACUUUUCAUUCAUUUCACAAGGAACUGAUCUAAUACUUGUUUAUACUUUUCAUUCAUUUCACAAGGAACUGAUCUAAUACUUGUUUUUACUUUUCAUUGAUUUCACAUUGAACUGAUCUAAUACUUGUUUCAUUUGGCAGUCUAUAUUGCAUGCAGUUUCAGUAGUGUUCCCACUGGCAGAGCAUAGACACUGUGCACGCCAUAUUUUUGCUAAUUGGCACAAAACACAUAGGGGCGAUGAAUUGAAAAUGAUAUUCUGGAAAGCUAUCAAGGCCUACAAUGAAGCUGAUUUGCAUGAUGCACUAGAUGAAAUGGAAAAGGUUAAUCCAAGUGAUGUGGUUGCUUUCAAGGCAUGUAAUCCCCAUGUAUUUUGUAGAGCCUGUGUUCGGAGAAACAGUAAGUGUGAUGUCAUUGUCAGCAACAUGGCUGAAACAUUUAAUGGCUACAUAAUCAAUGCUAGAGCCAAACAUAUUAUAUUUAUGGCUUUUAUGCUAGAAGAUAUUAGGGGUGCCUUGAUGCAAAGAAUGGUGAUGAAAAGGCAGGCUAUGGAAAAAGUGUGGCUGUCAUCUCUCCUAGAAUUAUGAGCAGAUUAGAGAAAGAAAAACAUCAUGCAGCCCAUUGUACCCCUCUACCAUCUAGUGAAGUGUCUUUUCAGGUUAGCCAUUAUUUAGAUACAUUGACUGUGAACUUGGAAAGUCAGAGUUGUGCUUGCAGAAAGUGGGACCUUAGUGGUAUUCCAUGCUGUCAUGUAGUGGCUUGUAUGUUCUUUAUCAAUGCAGCCUGUGAGGAUUAUGUUCAUCAGUGCUAUAGUACGUAGAGAGGCUAUAGUAGCGGACGACUAAUAGUUCAGAUUAUUCCAGUCAAAUUUUCCAUUUUAUUUUGGAGCAUUACAAACUUUUAUUAUUAAGCACAUUUUUCAAAAUCAUUUUUACUCGUUAACUAAUUCAGAUCACAAACUAAUUCAGAUCACAAACUCUGCUCACUGUUGAGCACUACAUAUUAUCCACUGUUUUUUAAUAGUCGCAACAGUUUGACUUUCACGUUUGCCAACACACAACUUUGAUUGUGAUUAUAUUUAAUUACGUCUUAGUGAAUAUUGUAAAAAUAAUAUUUUGAAAAUUCACAUUAAUAGAAAUUUUAUAACAUGUUAUAAAUAAUAAUUUGCUUAUAUAUAUUAAUAGAAAAGUGUGGUGAAAGUAAAAUUUGGG